CUGGAGCAGAGUCUGCGUGUCGCCUGACCGGAUGAUGACUGACUGAAGUUUUAUCACUGUAGUUUUCUAUUCCGUGUUUUCUAUUCAUUUAAAUAGCGCGUCACUGUAGCCCUGUUAUUUAGAAUCUAGUUACGGAGCCUAACCCAAAUCUGACAACAAUCACGUUUUAACAGUCGACUUGACUUUUACGCUUUUUUUCCGUGAAAGGAAACUCCAGUUCGCAAGUGAGAGAGCGCAAAGAUCCGACCCAUCUCUCUCUCUCUCCCUGUCUCUCCGAGAAUCCUGAGUUGAGUCCGCCGGAGAGAAGAGCAGCAGCCAUGGGGAACCGGGGCAUGGAAGACCUUAUUCCCCUCAUCAACAAGCUCCAGGACGCCUUCAGCUGCAUCGGCCAGAGCUGCAACCUGGACCUGCCGCAAAUCGCCGUGGUCGGAGGGCAGAGCGCCGGGAAAAGCUCUGUUCUUGAAAAUUUCGUUGGAAGGGACUUUCUACCCCGGGGCUCUGGUAUCGUGACCCGAAGACCUCUCGUCCUUCAACUGGUCAACAACCAAGCAGAGUAUGCUGAGUUCCUUCAUUGUAAAGGUCGUAAGUUUGUGGACUUUGAUGAGGUGCGUUUGGAGAUUGAGGCCGAGACUGAUCGCAUCACUGGGUCCAAUAAGGGAAUCUCUGCUGUUCCCAUCAACCUCCGAGUCUAUUCCCCUAAUGUGUUAAACCUGACUCUUAUAGAUCUACCAGGGAUGACUAAGGUAGCGGUGGGAGACCAGCCAGUCGACAUCGAGCACCAGAUCAGAGACAUGCUGAUGCAGUUCAUAACUAAAGAAUCCUGUCUGAUCCUGGCUGUGACUCCAGCUAACCAGGAUCUGGCCAACUCUGAUGCUCUCAAGAUUUCUAAGGAGGUCGACCCUCAAGGGUUACGUACCAUCGGAGUGAUCACCAAGCUGGACCUGAUGGACGAGGGGACGGACGCACGGGACAUUCUAGAGAAUAAACUACUGCCGCUACGCAGGGGUUACAUCGGGGUGGUGAAUCGUAGUCAGAAGGAUAUUGACGGCAGGAAGGAUAUUAAAGCAGCUCUGGGUGCAGAGAGGAAGUUCUUCCUGUCUCAUCCAGGAUACAGACACAUAGCUGACCGCAUGGGAACACCACAUCUACAGAAAACACUCAACCAGCAACUGACCAACCACAUCCGGGACACGUUGCCAGGGUUACGUAGUAAGCUCCAGAGCCAGCUUCUCUCUCUGGAGAAAGAGGUGGAGGAAUACAAGAACUACAAACCAGACGACCCGACGCGCAAGACCAAGGCCCUACUGCAGAUGGUUCAGCAGUUUGGUGUAGACUUUGAGAAGCGUAUUGAGGGAUCAGGUGAUCAGGUGGAUACUGCGGAGCUCUCUGGAGGAGCUAGAAUCAACAGGAUCUUCCACGAGAGAUUCCCCUUCGAACUGGUCAAGAUGGAGUUUGAUGAGAAGGAGUUGAGGAGAGAGAUCAGUUAUGCCAUCAAGAACAUCCAUGGAGUGAGAACAGGCCUGUUCACCCCUGACCUAGCCUUUGAGGCCAUAGUGAAAAAGCAGAUCAUUAAACUGAAAGAGCCCUGUCUGAAAUGCGUGGACCUCGUCCUGUCCGAGCUCACCUCCCUCGUCAAGAAGUGUACCGGAAAGCUUGGCUCCUACCCCAAACUGAGAGAAGAGACAGAGAGAAUCGUCACAACCUACGUCAGAGAGAGAGACAUCAAAACCAAAGACCAGGUGCUGCUGUUGAUUGACAUUGAGCUGUCUUACAUCAACACAAACCAUGAGGACUUCAUUGGCUUCGCAAACGCGCAACAGAGGACCACUGCUAUUAACAACAAGAAGAGAGUGAUGCCAAACCAGGUGAUCCGGAGGGGCUGGCUCACUAUCAACAUAAGCAUUAUGAAGGGGGGGUCCAAAGACUACUGGUUCGUCCUGACUGCAGAGUCACUGUCCUGGUACAAGGAUGAGGAGGAGAAAGAGAAGAAGUACAUGCUGCCUCUAGAUAAUCUGAAGCUGAGAGACGUGGAGAAAGGUUUCAUGUCCACAAAACACACAUUCGCCAUCUUCAACACCGAGUCCAGGAACGUGUAUAAGGACCUACGUCAGAUAGAGCUGGCCUGUGACACACAGGAGGAUGUAGACAGCUGGAAGGCUUCGUUCCUCAGAGCUGGAGUUUACCCUGAGAAAGACCAGGUUGACAGUGAGGACACAGGACCAGCAGAAUCCUUCUCUAUGGAUCCCCAGCUGGAGAGGCAGGUUGAGACCAUAAGGAAUCUAGUAGAUUCCUACAUCGGCAUCGUCAACAAGUCCAUCAGGGAUCUAAUGCCCAAGACCAUCAUGCACCUCAUGAUCAACAGCGCUAAAGACUUCAUCCAUUCUGAGUUGUUGGCCUACCUGUAUUCCUGUGGGGACCAGGGCAGUCUGAUGGAGGAGUCAACUGACCAGGCUCAGAGGAGAGAUGAGAUGUUGAGGAUGUACCAUGCUCUGAAAGAAGCCCUGCUGAUCAUAGGAGACAUCAGUACAACCACAGUGUCAGCUCCUGUACCUCCACCUGUAGACGACACCUGGAGGACCAAGGAACCCAGCCCCCCUCCUCAGGCCAGACCAGCCCCGGCCGCUGUCCCCCCUCCUAGUCGCCCCCCGGCAGCAAGAGGCCCCACCGCCGCCCCUCCUCCCUCCAGUCCCCAAAACCCAGCUUUUGGGGCGCCCCUCAUCCCCUCUCGGCCCGGACCCCCACCAGUCAACACCUACAGUGCAGCGGACCCUGUCGUCAAUGUCCCCCUGAUCCCAUCUCGCCCAGCCAGGGUACCCCCAGCCCUACCCCCCGGCAUACCCAGGAGACCCCCAGCGGCCCCAGGCCGGCCCACCAUCAUACGCCCUUCAGAGCCUUCACUGCUGGACUAGACAGACAGACAGACAGACAGACAGACAGACAGAAUGAACAAUUACCUCUCCUAAUGUCCUUUGACUACAAAAACACACUUUGCGUAAUGUUGUUUUAUUCCCUAACAUGUUUCAAGCCUGUCUUUCAUGUCUUCCCUCUUAAUAUUCAUAUUGUCAUGUUAUUGUUCUUUCAUGUAUUCUCUCUUAAUAUUCAUAUUGUCAUGGGGUUUUUUUUCUCAUUUAAUCAACACUAUGUACUUUUGAUCACGUAGUUUUUUUAUAGCUUUGUUACAAUGUUUAAUACCUUCAACUUUUCAAAGGGAUUGAGAGAGAGAGAGAAAAAUGAAACCUACAUGUUUUUGUUUAACUCUAACUUAACUUUAAUGAACUUCAAACCGGUGGAUCAGACAGAAUUGAAAUCAGACAGGUUUAAAAUAUGUAACAGAUGUUUGUGAAUACCUAGAAUACUUCUUCACAUGGAAGCAUUAUUCCAUUUAAAAUAACAAAUACACUCCAUAAUUAAUAACAAAA